UUGCCACGAAGCAGUCCAACGGAGAACUUGCUUUUCACAUCUUCAAACAAUCGAAAACAGCUGUAUCUAUAUCGGUCACAAUAUAUUUCUUAAAUCUAUUAAUUUUAUUGUGAUUUAUGUUUUAUUUUGAAAAAUAAAACUAGAGCAUAUUAAGAAGUCAGCGCCUUCAAAUUCUAAUCCGUAUCGACGGACGGCAUGGCGCUGUCACUUAGUCCACGUUGCUAGAAAGAGACAGCCAGAGGCGCGAAGAACCAAACAAAUGUUCGGGGAUCCGGCUCAGUACCGAGAUUCCCUCCUCGAGGAAGGUACGACGCGAUCGAGGCUGAGUCGAUCUCACGUCGCGCGUCAACAAAAAUAAAAACCCAUCUGUUCAAAUAUUGUGCAAGUUUUUUAUUGUUUCCUCCAAAACAAGUGCAGAGAAUGUGCGUGUUUGGGUCGCAGUCUAGUCUUGACUCGUGAAGAUCCUUAGUUCCAUUCUUAUUAUUUUGUGUUCGCAAAGUGAUCGAGUGGUUUUUGUUUUUGUAUCGUGUGUUGUGAAUGGAUUUGUAAAACUCGAUUAUGAAGGCGGAUGCGUCGUAAGGACAAAAUAACGAAAAUGGUGGGAUGACGUGUGAACAAUGUUGCUACAGUCGUCGCCCGGUACCAGCGGCACGGCUAGUCCAAAACCCGCUCCGAGUCCAAGGUCUAGCACUCGACAUGAUGGAGCUUCGAACACCCCGAAUUUGGGCGCCAACAGCCCUAAUUUGGGGGCGAGUCCUAAAUACGGGAGUCCGAGACUGGGAGGGAGUCCUCGGCCCGGGAAGACGGCGGAGGAAGACGAGAUUGCGCUGGAGAGGCUACAGACCGAACUGAAGGAGGGAUGGACUGUGCACACGGGUCGCGACGGCAGAUUGUAUUAUUGCAAUCACAUGACACGAACAGCGAGCUGGUUACCCCCCGCCGAGAGCUGGUCGUCGCCGCGGGACUGUCAGGAGCCGGAUACAGAAGAACUGCCUUAUGGCUGGGAACAGGCUUUGGACAAUCGAGGGAAAUCUUAUUAUGUCAACCACAUCAACAAGACUACAACAUACGUGGCUCCGGAAGGCUGUUCCUGCGAAUCUCCCCCGGCACCCAGGGACAUUGUGCUCGAGCGAGACCCAGAGCUGGGCUUCGGAUUCGUGGCCGGCUCCGAGAAGCCUGUCUUAGUCCGAUUCGUCACUGAUAAUUCACCUAGUGUUGGAAAAUUGGAACCCGGUGAUCAGAUCCUAUGCGUGAAUGGGGAAGACGUGAGUAUGGCUGCCCGCGAGCACGUCAUAUCCGCAGUCAGGGCCUGUACGGAGAAGGUCACCCUUCGCGUAUGCCAACCGGCCAGAGCUGGGAAUCCCACGAGAAGAUCCGCGCUGCUAUCAGCUGCCAAGAGAGCCAGGCUACGAGCCAGACCGCCGAGGGUUCGAUUCGCCGACUCAGUUCAAUUGAAUGGAGCUCCCAUGUAUCCGCCCUCAGCAUUCUCGCUGGGCGACUUGUGCCUUCCGCCGAUGGCGAACGUCCUCAAAGUCUUCCUGGAAAACGGUCAAACGAAAUCCUUCAAAUACGACACUACAACUACAGUCGCGGACGUGGUGACGAAUCUUAAAGAGAAACUCUGCAUCAUUGCUGAAGAGCAUUUCAGUCUGGUGGUGGAGCACGUGAAAAGCUUAAGAAGGAAUAAACUGACUCUGCUCGAUCCUAAGGAGUCUUUGGCAAGGAUAGCAGCCCGUCCCGGUUCGCAUAAGAUGCGAUGCCUGUACCGAGUGGUCUUCAUGCCGACGUCUGCCGCCGACCUGGCCCAGCAGGACCUGGCGGCGCUGGACUAUUUGUACCUGCAGUGCUGCAACGACGUGGCCCAGGAGAGGUUCGCCCCGGAGCUCCAGCCCGAGGUGGCCCUCCGACUAGCGGCCCUGCACAUGCACCAACACGCCCUGGCCAACAAUCUCUCGCCGGCCAAGUUGACUGUUAAAGCCGUCGAAAGAGAAUUCGGACUGGAAAGGUUCGUGCCGAGCAGUCUAUUGGAGAGCAUGAAACGCAAAGAGCUCAGGAGGUUGAUCGCUCAUUUCCUGAAACUGAACUCGCAGAUGACCGGCAGCCAGCGGCAUCUGACGCAGCUGCAGGCCAAGCUUCACUAUCUCGAUAUAGUGGGAGGACUGCCGAGCUACGGAGCGAAAUGUUUCAGCAGCAGCAGACCAGAACGAGUGCUGCUGGUCUCUCCGAGGUUCGGUCUCAGUCAGAUCGUGGGGAGAACUAACUCUGUGCCACAGCAAAUAGCGUCCAUAGACGAAGUGGAGUGCGUGCGGGUGCGGCGCGCGGGCGCAUGCGCGGAACUGGCCGUGUUCCUGCGCCGCGACCGCGUGCUGGCGCUGCUCAUGGAUGAUAGGGACGCCGCGGAGAUGCCGCUCGUCAUCGCCGGAUAUUACAAGCUGGCGACCGGUAAAGAGCUGAAUGUGGAAAUUGAACGGGAACCCAUCACGGAGGAUAUAGCUCCACCCUACUUGUCCCAGCACAACGUAGUCCCAGCGAAAUGGAGCUACUUACACCACGACGAUCCCAACGUUUUAUCGAAAAAGCAUUAUGCGAUCUUCAGUAUGCCUCCGCCCUACCAUUCCACUCCGGACCAAGCUAAGAAUAGCUUAGAUUCCAAUAUGAACGCGAAUAUAACGAACAAAAAUAGCAGCAAUAACUCCAGUCCUUUGAUUGGUUUUGAUAAUAAGUCCAGUCUACUUGGACACGAUGUGCACUUCGAGAAGUGUAAGAGAGGUGAAGACUUUAGACUCUUCGAUCCAAACGAUCCUUGCUAUCUCGACGACGGUAUGGGUUUCGAUCUUCAGAGCAUACUCUCUAUAGAGCUCUUGGAAAACGCCAGCAAUAACCCAAGACUAGUCGAAGCCAAGAAUGAAGAGGUGCACAGGAGAGUGGCAGAAAUGCAGAAAUUGGUCGAGAAUUCUGAACAGUAUUUAACUGAAAACUGUGAUGUUUAUAGUGAGGAUUUAUAUCAUGAUGCGUUUAUAAGAGAUGAGUUAGUUGGUAGAGAGACCAGUGUCGAUAAUUUGGAAAGCGAUACUGAGUCUAAUAAUAGUAGAAUGUCUAUGGCUGAUGACGCUCCUGGCAUCUUAAAACACAGCGAUUCGCUUUUGCUUCUAACUGAAACUAUAAAUCAGGGUUUGAGUGUACUGCCUGUGUCAGAAAAUGACAAUAAUGUUAGUGGCUUGACGGCGCGACAGUCUCAAGGGCUUAGUACCAUAUUAAAUAAUUGUGGUCUCACAGACGCUUUAAUAGCUUUAAAUAAUGAUAUUUGUCAUUCAGAAAGUGAUAAUGAUUCAUUAUACACUCCUACGAACAGCCCCAUACGGAGACAUCAGAACAAAACGCCAAAUAAAGCAGUUAGAACUAGUUUUGGUUUGCACAGCCCAGAGGCAAUACAAGAAAAUAAAGAACCGAAUUUGAAAGAUUACUUGAAGCAACUAAGAGAAAAGAGCAAUAGAGAUGAAGCGGCAAGUACAGAGUAUCAUCCAUUUUAUUAUCAGGAGAGCCUAGUUGAUAGUGACGUCGAGCUUAUAGAUUUAACUUUAAUACCACCCCCACAAACUCCUGAUGAAUUGGAUUGCGCCACACAAGUGCCUCAAAUUCUCCCAGUCGUACCACCCUCUUUCGCAGAUGAAAAAACAAGUUCAACAGAAAAUAUUUCGGAUGCACCAAAAACUAGUGAUUUGGAAGAAUUCAUCGCCAAUGUUACAAUACAACCGCCCACUGUUAAAGUCACGCCUGCAAUAGAACUGACGCCAGAAGAGAUAAUGUCUUACAUCAUUCCGCCACCCCCAGGGUCCAAUACAUCUACUCUAGACAGAGAUGAAGUAGGAUACGCGAACCAAACCCAGAUCUUAGAAGCAAAACUUGCACAAAACGUAAACGAUAACACCAAAACAUCAAAUGGAGAUGUAGUUAAGGGACAGCUGAGUGUCAGUGAAAUUAGGAAUAUGUUUGCAGCUAAAAGUCUGAGUGAAGCUAGGAAUAGUUUGUUGCUCAAAGAUAAAAGUAAAACUACAACACAAACGAAAUCUGAUUCCCCUAAAGGUAAACGGAAGAGCGUCUCAGGUGAUAAACAAGCAAACGGUAACAUACACGUUAUAGAAUACCCGACAGUCGAAAGAAAAGGCAUGUUCUCCUGCUGCAGUAAAGAUAAAAAUAAGUCAGAUGAUAGCAACGAUGAGGGAGAAAAAGUUGAAACUCAAAUACAGAACUCUGAUUCAAUGCCCGACGUGUGCGAAAUCAGGCCUCCUCCGAGAAGAAAAAGUUCUGAUUGCAAAAAACCUCCUGAAAGACCUCCGAAGACAGCUCCAAUACCUCCUCCGAGACCUCGGUCCAAUUCUUUCACGUGUCUCAAUAACGAAUUGACUGCGGUCGAAAUCAGCACCAAUCAUUUCAACACGCUAAAUAAUAGACAAUUGAACUACAAGGUUAUCUGCGAUAUUAAUGAAAAAAGUGUACAAAAUCCACCCCAAGUACCUCCUAGAUUAGAGAACAAGGUUCUGUCACCACCCCCACCUAUAUUACUACCUCCAAAGAAGCCACCUCUCCCACCAGUUCCGAGCAUCGAGGUACUCAGACUGAAGACAUUACAAAAAAGUUCUCCAAUCAGGAACCAAGAGCAAAGACUGGCCAGUAUCGGAUCGCCACAUUUUCAGAGAAAUUUAAAUAGUUAUAAGAACCUUGAGAACGAAAGCCGUGCGGAUGACGAAGUGCACAUCCGAUCGACCCCAAACUACAGUUCCAUGACGCUGCAGAGUCGACACGUUAGAUCGAAUUCAGAAACGAAAACCACAAUCUUGAAGAACAAGGAAAUGUCGACAGCUUUAUCUUUGUGCUCACCUCAGAUGAAUCGGAGGUUUAGCAAUAGACCAGAUAUAUUGAACGGCGCUCCGUGCGACCAAAAAGUCUUCAGCCCUCCUCUAGACAGAAAGACUUUUAGCUCAAGUCCUACACCAAAAGUGAAUCAUGUUAGGUUUAAAGAAGACGUAGUGGAUGACAUUCCGACUCCUCCGUCGCCGCCGACGGUGAAGUUUCCAGAGUUCCAGGCGGGGAACAAUGGGCACGUGUCCAUAGAGAACUUGCUAUGUAAAACGGAGGUGGCCGUCGACGGGUUGCUGCAGAGGCUGCAUCAGGUAGCACAGAAAUGUUCGCAUCAACACGCGCACGGAGGCGGAGAAGAUAUUGAUGAAGCCAAGUUUCAGCGAGCGCGCAGCGAAUUGACUUCGUGCGCUGUGUCGUUGGUUGGGGCUUCACGGACACUAGUGGGGGCGCUGGGGGUCGCGCGGGGAGGUGCGGCUCCUACUGCACUAGCCGACUGCUUGACGCCUCUCCGACGACUGACCGAUCUCGCUCAGGCGCUUGGAAGGCACACAUCCUCACCGCUUCAAACAAGGAAUUUGGUGCUCCGUGUUCAUGACGUCACGGCAGCUUUUAAGGAACUAGCCGGGCAGGAAAUGGCACAAAUAAUUCACGAGCACAACAAUAAAUCUAACAAGCAGCAAAAUCAAGACACGGCGUCCACUCUAGAAGGGCAGUUAGCCCUGAGGGCAGAAUGCUUAGCGAACGUUCUGGCAACAUUACUAAGAAGUCUGAGGGUGUUUUCGCCGUGAAUUUUUAGCGGGAACAUCUGACACGUUAACCGCUCGCGCCACAGAGCAUUGAAUUUUAUUAUGAAUGAUAGUUAACACUUUUUGCACGGAUAAUACUUUAAUACAGAGUUUUAUCUGUACAAUAGUAGAAUGUGUUAUUAUUACCACAUUACAAUAAUUAAGUUUAAUUCGUUAAGAUUUUGAUAGUUUUUCGUUGUAAAACAUAACCGUUACUAAAAUGAGACCAAAUAAAAUUAGGUAUGUUUGUUUUCUUGGUUUUUUUUUAAUUGUAGUUGGCAACACAAUGUUUUAGUUGUAGAAUUGUAAAUUUUAACAUAUGUUAUAGAAAAUAUGUUGUUAAUUAUGUCCAAAAACAAAUGAAAAUCGAUUAAUAAAAAUUGAUACAGAUAAUUUAAGUCUUAAGACUUUGGAGUGCAGCUAAACAAAUUUUCGAUUAUCUGUAUUUUGUUUUAUAAGCCGUAAUGUCUAUGGAUACCGUAGGAGUUAUGUUACCAUAAUUAUUAAUUAAUUUUACCUAUAAAUAUAUCUAAUGACUAAAAUAAAUGUACAUUUUAUAAUUCUAGUAGAACGUUUUGUGAACAAGUUUAAAUAAAAUCUGUAAUCAUAUCUACUUAAUAUCAGAGAGCCAUAUCUUAAUUUCGUAAGAACAAAAAUCUCAAUGCUAUUUAUAAAAUCGAUAUUGACAUCUCAAGUCUAUUGGUAUUUGACUUUUUGUAAAAUUUACAUUGAAUUUAAGCAUAAAAUAAAUAGUAAAUGAUAAUUUCAGAAUUAUACUUUAAGUUUGCAAUUAUAUAACUUGAAACAUCUAUUCUUAAAACGAACUACAGCACAGUGUUGCAUGAUAUAAAAAACUCCCAGAAUUUCCGCAAAUAAACAGCGUUUUAUUUCGCGUGAAAUGCUAAAACAUUGGUGCUAUUUUGAAUAAUGUAAGUUUUGCUGUUUAAUUUUUAAACCUGUAUCAUUUUUGGUAGUAAAACAGUAUAUGCAUUAGAGAUUUGAGAUGCUCGACGUAAUGACUGAAAACGAGUCAGAAAGAGAUCUGUAGUUUGGUCUUAUAGCAAUAACGUUUUUGCUUCAUGUUACAGAGUACCUACUCUAAAAAUGAAUUUUGGUUUUGCGACUCCCAUCCGACACGGUUUGUACGACUUUUUUAUUACUGAACUUACAUAUUAUGCUAAGCUUAGGACCGUUAACUGCUGUAUCAUUGAUCCGACUUUGGUAUGAAUUGAUUUAAACUUUCGCGGGUGAUUACACUUAAAAAAAACUUUUUUGUUGUUUGUGUUUCGAAGACUACAUAAGAACUUGAACCUCGUCUACAAAACUUUCAUUCGUACCAAUGUUUAAUAAAGACACAUCGUUGUAAUAAAAAAAAAUACUUAUUAUUAUACUUACAAACAUUACAACCACAAAUACAUUAGUUUAAACGAGAUUAGAUACAAUCUUAUCUGGCAACACUGACUCUAGAAAUAAGAACUUAUGCGGGAAGCAAAACCAAUUAUAGUUUGAAAAUUCUACGCGUGUAUAUAAUAUAAUAUAAAGGAACAUAAAUAAUAUAUUACUUAUAAUCAACAUUAAUCAUUUACGUAGUAAAAUCAAAAUAUAGAUCUCUCUAUUUUAAUCACAAUCUUAGUCCACAACUGCCUGGUAAGUACAUUUAUUAACGUCAAUUUCCAACUCAAGACACUGAAAAUAUUUAUUAUUAUUAUUUUGUCUACGUAAGCGGUGUGAUUUGAAAUUCGCUUAUUCCGGAAAUAUCAUGUAGCUUAAAACUCAGAUGCCAUUGAGCAUGUUACUUUGCUUGCGAAUUUAUAUACCACACAUUACGUGGUAUAUAAAUUCCUACUGGUGGUAGGACCUCUUGUGAGUCCGCACGGGUAGGUACCACCGCUACGCCUAUUUCUGCCGUGAAGCAGUAAUGCGUUUCGGUUUGAAGGGUGGGGCAGCCGUUGUAACUAUACUGAGACCUUAGAACUUAUAUCUCAAGGUGUGUGGCGCAUUUACAUUGUAGAUGUCUAUGGGUUCUAGUAACCACUUAAUACCAGGUGGGCUGUGAGCUCGUCCACACACCUAGGCAAUAAAAAAAAAAUGCGUUAAUCAUUUAUUAGACAGCUUUUUUUAAAUAAAUUUGAGUGCGUAUCACCAGAAUAAAAACUCAGAUUCGAUAUAGGACUACUGCGCUGAGUUUUCAAACAAUUCUGACUCCUGUGUUAUUUUAUUAAUGGAAAUUUUAAUAAUAAAUAUUGCAAUCUUUAAGCGCGUAUCUACCAGGUGGCUGUGAAGAAAUUUGUUACGUUCAUCCUGUUUAGUACAACACAUUUUAUUCCAAAGCUUGUUAUAAUUAGCCAAAGACGAGAGUUUUAUCGAUGUUAUUUUGAAAACAUUUUUUUCAAUUCUGUAUUAUAUUAUCAUUCCUUCGAAUAUUUCCGCAUUUUCCGGUAAACAAUUUUCCGAUGAAGUUCACGGCCAAAUGGACCUUUUUGAAUUCGAUUUAUUUACGAUCUAAAACACUACUAAAUAAAUGUGUGUCACUUAAUUAGUUACGGAUAAUAUUCAAACAAGUGAGAAAUUAAUGUAUCUUCUUAUUCAGUUUGUCUUUUAAUUUUUUUCUCCUCAAACCUAAAAGUUUUUGUCUGAUAGUUAAAGUGAUAUUAAAAUAGUCGGUGAAUUGUUUACGGAAACGCUGGUAUAGUCUAUUUUCGCCUUAGAAAUUAAUUUGUACCAUUAAAAUAACUGUUAAAAUUGUUUAGCUUGAUACACGUAAUACCUAAUCAUGACUUUUCAUUGACAUGUCCAUGAAUGUUAUUUAAUAGUACGUAAAAAACAAAAUUUCUCGCAUUAUAAUUCUAAUACAAAAAUAUUACUAAUUUGAUCAAUUCUUCAUGACUCAAACUGAAAACUUCAAAACUGAAAAAUAGAAUCGAUUUUCCGAAAUAGAAGAAUUGAAACUGCAAACAAACCCAUCACAACGGAAAUAUUAGUAUUAUUUUGUUUAGGAUGUGCAAUCUAACUGAAUUACUAUGUGACGUCAUUCGCUUACUUUAGAUUUCCCUUCCCGAAGGGUGAAGGAGAUUUAAAAUAACAGUUUUUCGAUCGUGAUUUUAGACGUAUGCAAGGAAAUUAGAGCUCUAUUACCUGUUUCCGUUGUCUUAAUUUGGCUAAUCAAAUCAUUAUACAGAGAUUUUGUUAAAAGAUCGUUAUAUCCCUCGAAAUAAGAACAAACUACCAGUUUAAAGUAAAAAUAUAUUAAGUAAACCAUUAUCAUCACACUUGUAGUGUUAAGGAAAUUUACGAAGUGUCUUUAGUUAAAUAAUUUGCUUAGGCAAUAUAAAACCGGUCUACCCGAUGCUAGUAGUUACCAGAGACUAUGGACAUCACAUCGUGAAUACCGUCACACGUCUUUGGGACGCGGGUCAAUACUGUCAAUCGCCUUAAGCACGAGAUCUAAAUCCCAACACUUCUAACUACUAACUAAGUUCUUCUAAGUAAGUUAGGAGCUAUGAAAUAAUCUUGCAAACAAAUUAAACGUCUCUAUAACAGUCAGCACAUUGUUGUUCUCUUUCAAAUACUUUAUGGAAGUUUUACGGUGUCGUGUAUCAAGCUGAACUAUUUAUAAAGUGAUAAUUACUAUAAGGUUGGAUGUGAGAUCAUACAAAUAGAACUGAAAAUUUUGGAUAUAAUUAUGCAUCAAUAGUAUUAAAAAUGGAGACUUUUAGUUGCAAAUCAACCGGUGUUUCAUCAUUGUCAAUCAAAUUGUGAACUACUAAAUAUUAGAUGGAAGUUCACAGUGUCUUCGUAACUUUCAAAUCCAAUACAAAUUUAUUUAACAUACUUUAAAAAAAAUUAAAUCGCAAAAGUAAACUAUAACCACAGCUUGUUCUCUAACUUGUAUUUAUAUCUUAAUAAUCGUCACGUAUUUAUAUUUUUUUAAAUCAGCCUUAGUAAUCAAAUUGCAUUUUACCUUUCAUAAUCCACUUUUUUUCCUACAUAUGCUGAUAGCCUUGAGAGGCUAUUUCAGCUUCACCCUAGCGUGUAGGUGAACUCUCGGGGCUCAAACCGAGGUAUUGCUAACACUGGUCCUAGCUAGAGCAGUGCUUCGUAGAAUCUACCACCGGAUCGGAAACGCGACCCACUGAGAAGAUCCGGCGAGAAACUCAAUGGGCUGUAAUUCACUAGGCCUGGGAGCUAAGCCCGCAAAAAAAUGCAAUUUUAUAUUAAAAGAUACUGGUCUGAAAAAAAUCAUUUAUGUCAAAUGUCUUUGACUUUAGAAAAUGGGGUACGAUCGUUACGAAGCAAUGAAUCCAUUACAUUUUAAUUAGUGCUACUGGCUCUAUUAUAGUAAUUCUCACAACUUAAACAACAGUAUUUAAAAGAUUUUAGAUAUUUAUAAAAAUUGUUCUUAUUACGCAUCUGAUCUUAUAGUAAUAAUAUCGAUAGUUGAAUGUGUAUAAAAUGAAACAUUAAUGUGUUGAAAAGGUUAAAAUUAUCUAAAAACUGUAUCGUGGGCAGUCCCAUUGUAUUGCCCGAUAUGUAAUGCAUUUCAUGUAAUAAACAAUAUUAAUGAAAAAAAA